AUGGUCGGAGGUAGCUCGGAGCUGCUAAUCGACCCCUCGGCGGAGCUGCGAAAGCGGAAGCUGAUCGAGCUCUCCAAGCAGCGGCCCCGGGCCGUCCCCAGGACCUGCCGCCAGCGGGCGUCUUUUUACGCCACAUCCUUCUUCGUCCUGGCGGCGGUCUGCGCCGGCUCCUGUAUUCUCUUCCUCGUCCCGCUCUACGUGGACCCAGCCAUCAGCACCCUCGUCGCCGAUUUCGUGCCACAGCCCGUCCUCUGUACCACCCUCAGGAAGGAGGAACACUCCGGCAUCUUCAACUGUACCUGGUCCUCUUGCCGCGAGGGCUGUACUUCCGACAUGUACCGCUGCACACACAUAUACGUCAACUACACGCCCUACGGCAACGACACAGAGCUGGAGGGUGAAGCCACACUCUUAGUCAACAUCAAGGGGUGCGGUUACCCGCCGGACGUCAACUGCUCCAACUUCACCGCGGAGUACGGGAAGGAGUCAGCCGUGUUCCCGUGCCACUACAGCCGCCAGAACAGGACGAUUGUGAUGCGGCACUACGAUAGGGACAGACAAGUGGAGAUAAUUAUCAACUACUUUGCCAUACCCUUCGUCAUAACCGUUGUGACGUCGGUCGUCCUUUGUGUCAUGCAUUGCGACUGCAGGAGGACCCCGCCACCGGUAGUGCGGAGGACGAGGAUUCACGAUCAAAGGUAA